UUCUAAUUGCUCAGAUAGUUUAACUUUAGCGAGUUCAUUAUCUACAAUGGAAAUCAAUUCUUGGAAUAGUCAACAUAUCCAUUAUCAGGAUCCUUAUGUCUCUCUACAAGAAAUAGUAGUAUCAGAUACAGAGGAGGAGGAUGAUAGAGUUAAAGUAAGAAAUCCUAUAUGGCAGAACUCCUAA